AUGGCCUGUCCGUUCGAUGGAAUACGGUUUCGAUAUUCGCUAUCGUACGAUUGGAACAGUACUCGGUGCGAUGUCCUUUAUGCGCUCAAGCUGCCUUUGACAUUCUCCCCUAUGUUGAUCAAAGUGCAAAACACCAUCAACGAGGCAUUCCUUAGGAGACUGAUCACCUACGCAUUAAAUAUUGUCAAAACCUAUGAUGCCCCUCCCUGUCGUAUUGGCCUUUAG